AUCACGGCGCCCAGCAUGCCCGGAUCCCUCUCGUCAUUAUCCGAGUCAGUGUCGUUGCUGUUAGCUGGCAGUUCAGUGACGAUUCCGGCCUUCAUGAAAGCUCGGACCACAGUUGAGACCGAUACCUUAGCCCAGGCAUCCACGAUCCAUUGGCCAUCUCGCGUUGUUCCCACGGAAACUCUGUGUGGUCUUCUUUACUUGGCGCAGGUUUUCUCACUGACACUUGCCUUCCUUUCCACUGGACAGAGUUACACAGAGCCGACGGAACAAACCAGUAAUUCAUGUUAUGCAAUGUGUCCAGCUGGAUAUCAUAAGGUCGGUGACUGUGUGGAUCGAGCAGGACAGUACAUAUGUAAAAAAUGUGGAAACGCCGAAUACACCGAAGUACCAAACUUAAUACCGAAAUGCCAGAGGUGUGACUCGUGUAGUCAUAUUGAGAAGGAAAUAAAACCCUGCACCUUUAAUAGUAAUGUGGUAUGUGACUGUAAGGAUGGAUACUACGACUCAAACCCUAAUCCCCAUAUAAGGAAUUGCCAAGCACGCAGAUCUACAAGAUGUGGAGGUAGGUGACGCCAUCUUGACUACCAGCAAGAUCCACUUAUUCAGCAUGAUAAAAACACUCUCAAAAGGGAAGCCAUAUCAUGUUUCAGAAUAUUC